CACCAAUUCAACUUCAUAAAGUGCUACAUGUACUUCCUCGUGCACACUUCCCUGCUGAUAGUUCGACUGCAGGCGUUGAUUGACAGAGUUUAACAUAUUGUCAGAAUUUUCCAAACCACGUACAGUUACACAGAUAUACUGCUAGAAGACAAAGAUGAUUGGACUCUUGGUGGUGGCUGCAUUAUUUGCCCUUUCCUCAGGGGAGAUAAGCGAGGAUUCUUUGAAGAGAGCAAUUCGUGAUACAGGUUUUAUCCUCAAAGAAAAUGUGAUUGACCCUGGAAGAGGGUCUUUUGAAAAUUGUGGAAAAGCCAAGAACUUCUCCAUCACAUGGAGCCCAAAACAACCCUCCCCACGAGGAUCUCUGGAAGCUGAGAUCAACUUUGUCACACCAUAUGCCUGGCAGAAAGGUUCAGGUGUACUUGAAGUUUACCUGAAGGAGAUGCCCCAGACGCCAGUCAUUCAGCUCAGUGAAGAUUUCACCUGUGACGAUAUCAGGAAGUACCUGCCACAGUUUAAGUGCCCUCUCAAGGCAAAUGACCUUGUUCAUGCUUCAUACACAGAUGGAAAAUUACCAGCUCUUCCUUCGGGGGGAUAUGUGAUCAAAGCUCAAAUUUUGAAUGAGAACAAAGAAGAAAUAUUGUGUGGGAAAGCAGAUAUCACUAUUAACAUGUAGGUGCAUGGGAUUAUGGAUGACCCCUGUCUGCAUUUAUCUCCUGUCCUCGAAUCAGCACAAAUCCAUACUCCUUAACAACACAUGCGGCGCUUUCUGUGUUCUCUUGAUAGUAAAUAUGGCUGUUUAGAACUUGAGUAAUAAAGCUGUUUAAAAUCUGAGUUUAAGAUUGAAUUCCUUGGAAAAUGUUACAAUUUUUGCUUAUUGUACUUUGAAAUUUUGCAUUUAAUGUGUUUUUUGUUGUUUUUUCUUUUAUUUGUUGUGUUUGUCACUAAUUCCACUGCAGUCAAAAUUUUUGGGUGAAUCUCAGUCUUUAUAGUUCAGUCUCUUUAAAGAACACACGUAAAAAAAUUUUAAAAUACUUUAAACAUAAGUAGAACAGAGCUGGAUGUACGAUGGCUCAUAAGGGCCACAGGAUGCUUCCAGUAAUACCAAAAGCUAGCGAUGAAUUGAAGGGAUGGAGUUAUGAUGCAAAAAGGUGAAGAGGCGAUGGGAAGUGGCGAAGUAGCAUCCUUCGCAUCCUAACUUCGCCC